AUGGGGAAGGCAGAGGAUGAGCAGCCUUUGCCUAGUACAACUCUUGAUACUCAGAGUGCAACUCCGAGUGCAGGGAACAGUAAUGGGUGCUGCUUGGGUUGCAGUAGACUACUUAGAAAGGUUGUGACUCUCAGAUGUAUAUUUGUUUUGGUGCUCGGUGUUGCAGUACUUCUAUCUGCUGUUUUCUGGCUUCCAUUCUUCCAUUUUGGGGGUCGAAAGGAUCUGGAUCUGGAUUAUCCAGGUCGUGAUAUAGUGGCAAGUUUUAUGAUUAAGAAGCCAGCUUCUUUUCUCGACAACUAUGUCGUACAACUCGAGAAUGAUAUUUUUGAAGAAAUAAGUUUCCCCACAACAAAAGUGGAAAUAGUAACUUUCACACCAGCUGGAUCAAACACAACAAAUGUAGUGUUUGCAGUUGAAUCUGAUGUAACAACCCGCAGUUUAAUAAGAUCUUCUUUUGUCUCCUUGGUUACUCAUGUAUCAUACCUGCAUUUGACUCCAUACUUGUUUGGGGAUCCUUUUUCUUUUGAGGUGCUCAAAUUUAAAGGAGGGAUUACUGCUAGUCCUGAUCAGAAGGCAUUCCUUAUGCAGAAAGUUCAGAUCCGUUUCAACUUUACUCUGAACUUUUCCAUCGAUGAAUUGCUGAAUAAUUUCGAUGAACUUACCAGCCAACUGAAGUCAGGCUUACAUCUUGCUUCUUAUGAGAACUUGUACCUUAGCCUGACAAAUCUGAAAGGUUCAACAAUGACUCCGCCCACUACAGUUGAGACGCAAGUUCUUUUGGCAGUGGGAAUUAAUCCCUCGAAAUCCAGGUUAAAGCAGUUGGCUAAAACCAUCACCGAUCCUCAUACCAAAAAUCUUGGACUGAAUAACACUGUAUUUGGUCAGGUUAAGCAAGUUCGUCUUUCAUCUCUGUCCCUCAUCAAUGUUACCUCACCAUCACCAUCUCCGUCUCCAUCUCCAUCUCCUCUGCCACCAUCCCACCACCACCACCACCGCCGCCACCAUCACCAUCAUGAUCCUAGUCUUGCACCUGGUAUUUCACCUGCACCGUCAACAGGCAAAAAUGGACCUGUUACCGGGAAAGAAUCACCAGAUCCUGCGCCUGUGCCUGCACCUGUGCCUGCACCUGCACCAGCACCAGAACCAGGGAAGAGUCAAGUGGCGAAGCCUCCUGGUUGUCAUUUUGGUUACAAAAAUAGGUUUCCCCGGAAACCCCAUGAGCAUUCUCACAUUACACCUACAGCAUCUCCAGUUUAUGCACCACGUGUUGCUCCUUCUCAACCACCUCAGCAAUCUGAUCCGCCGAUAACUGAUGUACCUCCAGCUCCUGCUGCAAACCCAUCAUCAAAUGUUGCUUACGAUCAUGUCCACCCCCCAUCAAAGGGUGAUUAUGCAAGGCCUCCAGAUGUAUUGCCAUUAGUUUCACCUGCACUUUCUCCAUCCUCUGCAGGUACAUUUUCCUUUAGUUUAUGGGCUUUUCCGCUGUUUCUACUCUUCACACAUUUGUGGCAGUACAGAAUGUGA